AUGGGUAAACCAGUGGGAUUGCAGGGGGUGCAGGUGACGGUGUGCUCCCAGUUGGGUGCGCCAAGCAACAGGGGUGUCUUCCAGGAUGGAGAUGUGAUUAUCGGUGGACUCUUUAGUUUGCAUUACAUACCUUCAGCUGUAGAACAGGUCUACACCAGACUGCCACAUUAUGAACCUUGUACUGGUUUAGAAUUACAAGCACUAAAAUAUAUGUAUGCUAUGGCAUUUGCUGUGGAGGAAGUAAAUCAAAACAGCGCUCUGCUACCAGGAAUAAAACUAGGUUAUCAUAUACUUGAUAGCUGUGGCCGAUACCCCUGGGCUCUGCAAAGUGCUCUCUCACUGGUUGGAGGAGACAGACACAACUGCAAUUUAACAGCCUCUACACUUUAUUCUGAAGCUUAUGAACAACCUGGAGAGACACCUGUUCCUUUACUCAUUGGAGGUCAUGCAUCUACAACAGGAGUGAUACUGUCCAGGAUCCUAGGGCCUCUCUCUGUACCAGUGAUCAGCUACUUGGCUAGCUGCCCCUGUCUUAGUGACAGGUCCAACUUUCCUAACUUCUUCAGAACAAUCCCCAGUGAUAUUUACCAAGCUCGAACCAUGGCACAACUGGCCAUACGCCUCAACUGGACUUGGAUUGGAGCUGUGCUUGCGAACAAUGAUUAUGGUCAAAUGGCAAUACAGGCAUUUCAGGAAGAGAUUAAGGGGAAAAGGGUGUGUUUAGAAUUCAUUGAGACUGUCCACAGAGAAACUAUUGUGAGUGAUGCCAGACGGGUGGCGCUUACGAUCCAGUCUUCAACUGCAACUGUGAUUCUGAUCUUUUGCUGGUAUACAGAUGUACAGAAAAUAUUUGUGGAACUUGCCAAGAGAAAUGUGACUGGCAGACAGUUUCUGGCCAGUGAGGCCUGGAGUACCAGUGACGAUCUUCUCCAAGAUAUUACCAUCUCUAAGGUGGCAAGUGGGGUUCUUGGUGUUGCCAUUCGGAGUUCAACAAUACCUGGAUUUGAAAAUUAUCUAAAAAAGUUGAGCCCAUCUCAUCAUCCUAAUGAUGACUUUUUGAGAGAAUUUUGGGAAAAGGAGUUUGGAUGCAGUGUUGUGAAUGCCUCACACAAUAUUUCUACUUCAUCCCAUGUGAAAAAAGCUUCUCUACCACCCUGCAGUGGGAUAGAGUCCAUAAAUGAAGUGCAGCAUUUCUUUAGCGACAUCACCCAGCUAAGAGUGGCGUAUAAUGUCUACCUUGCUGUUUAUGCUGCAGCCCACGCCCUUCACAGCCUACUCUCCUGCCCCAGUGGAAACAUCCCCCCUCAAAACAACGUCUCUUCUUGUUCCUCUCCAAAACACAUCAGAACUGUAGAGUUAUUGCAACACUUAAACACAGUGAAUCUCACAACACCACAAGGAGAAGUGCUUUAUUUCCAAGGAGGUGACCCCCCAGCAAAGUAUGACCUUGUGAACUGGCAGAACACACCCAAGGGGACACUAAAACUUGUUGUUGUCGGUCAUGUAGAUGGUUUUGACCUCCACCUUAAUGAGUCAGCUAUUCAGUGGAGCACAGGAUCAAAUCAGGUGCCUGAUUCAGUGUGCAGUAAAAGCUGUCCCCCAGGUACAUGGAUGGCAGAUAGGAAAGGGGAACCUGUCUGUUGUUUUGACUGUUUCCCAUGUGCUGAAGGGGAGAUUAGCAAUAAAACUGAUUCACUUCAGUGUGAGCAGUGUCCGUCUGAGUUCUGGUCUAAUGCUGAAAGAAUUGCCUGCAUCCCUCGCCAGCUGGACUUUCUUUCCUUUAAUGAAACUUUGGGCAUUACUCUCACGACAGCAGCUGUGUCUGGUGUCACUGUGACAACCGCUGUCUUUGUCGUGUUUCUUUUCUACCGUCAAACACCUAUGGUACGAGCCAACAAUUCAGAGCUGAGCUUCCUCCUUCUUCUGUCGCUCAAGCUCUGCUUCCUGUGCUCGCUUGUGUUCAUUGGCCGCCCGUCAGUCUGGUCCUGCCGGUUUCAGCAAGCUGCAUUUGGGAUCAGCUUUGUGCUUUGUGUUUCUUGCCUCCUGGUAAAAACCAUUGUGGUUCUGGCUGUUUUCCGCUCAGCUCGGCCUGGUGCUGAAACUUUAAUGAAGUGGUUUGGCCCUGGGCAACAGAGAGGAAGUGUCUGCUUCUUUACCUGUAUACAGGUUAUCAUCUGCGUUAUAUGGCUGUCUCUCAGUCCCCCCAGGCCUCAAAGUGAUCUUGGUUUUCAAGGGUCAAAGGUCACCUUGGAGUGCACCAUGGAGUCUGUCGUGGGCUUCUCACUUGUCCUAGGCUACAUUGGCCUGCUGGCCUGUACUUGCCUCCUCUUGGCUUUUCUUGCUCGUAAACUUCCAGACAACUUCAAUGAGGCCAAACUCAUCACCUUCAGCAUGCUGAUUUUCUGCGCUGUUUGGGUGGCCUUUGUGCCUGCUUACAUUAGCUCUCCAGGGAAGUAUGUUGUUGCUGUGGAAGUUUUUGCAAUACUUGCCUCUAGCUAUGGUUUACUGCUUUGCAUUUUUGCCCCCAAAUGUUUCAUUAUUCUUUUGAGGCCUGAGAAGAACACAAAGAAACAUCUUAUGGCUCGAUAGUUUUUUUUUUCUUAUUCGAAUGUGAGUGUAGAAUUCUUUUUACAUUUGUCUUUUAUUAAUAACUGAAUUGAAUUAGAAAAAGUAGUGGUGUUCUACUGCUAGUAAAUAAUCGAGGAGAGAAUCCAAUAUAAAUGCAAUUAUGUGUUCUGUAUCAGUGUAUUUAGUGGUUCUUUUUUGCCAAGUUUUGAUUAA